AUUGGUCACUGGGAUUGAACUUCUAAAACCUCCUUAUUUUUCACUAUUUUAGACCCCUUUACAGUAUUAAUCACUCUGAUAAUGGGUUGGAGUAGAGUAGGGGUGAAAGCUUUCACCUUGUUCGCUGGUGUAACGACUGGAACGACUGUAGCUUUCUUGUGGAAUGGAAAAUGUCGAGCAAACGAAAGUGGUCACUGCCACAAAACUGACAAUCUUUACAACAAUCCCUUUGUUCCUCCAGUUUAUGCGUCAUGGACAACAAAUUUUGAACCUAGCCAGAAAUGGGAUGCUAAUUGGGAUAGGCGUGAACCAAGUAGUCGAAUAAAACCGCUCAAAGAAAAUGCAAGUGAUGCUGAGAAAGAAGAACACCAGGCAAAGCUGUUGAAAUUAACACCAAAAGCUAAUCGGCAUUUAAUCCUAAUCCGACAUGGCCAGUAUAAUUUAAAUGGCGAAGAAGACAUCGAUAGGACACUUACAGCUUUAGGUCGAGAGCAAGCAGACUUUGCUGGACGACGACUAUCAGAACUGAAACUUCCAUAUGAUAAGAUCAUCCAUUCUACACUCGCACGAGCCGUCGAGACAGCUGAUAUCAUUCAUAAACAUUUGCCACACUUAGCCAUGAUAGAAGAUCCCAUAUUAGUAGAAGGAGCACCAAUACCACCAGAGCCACCUAUUGGCCAUUGGAAACCUGAGGCUCAGCAGUUCCAUGAAGAUGGUGCACGUAUCGAGGCUGCCUUCCGCAAAUACUUUCACCGGGCCGACCCUGACCAAAACAAAGAUACUUACGAAGUGAUAGUCUUCCAUGCAAAUGUUAUACGAUACUUCGUCUGUAGAGCACUACAGUUCCCUCCUGAAGCUUGGCUCCGCCUUUCCCUGUAUCAUGCAAGCAUCACGUACAUGACCAUCCGCCCGAGUGGACGUGUGGGAUUACGCACCCUUGGUGAUGCGGGUUUUCUGCCGGCAGAUAAACUCACCACCAGCUAGUAUUUUAUUCUCCUACCACGCUCUAAUAUUCUGGAUUACUAUUGAGACGAUCGAGUCACGGGACAGAUAUCUCUUGCCGUAUCCUAGACAAAGUGUUUGCUCUUUGUCGCAUUGACAUUAUUUAUGAAAGGUUCUCUCUGUUGUGUUAUGUUUGGAGUGGUACCCCAUCACAUGGAAUGAUCAAGUCAAACACCUUGGAAUAUAGUGAUAUUACUCUCAUCCCACUUUGUUUCUACUCUUUCAGAGCAUGGAGGCUUUGGUAUGAAUGGAUGUCAUUUUAAGAUAGACUCGCCAGCAGAGAGCAAUUCUUGAUUGGUCACAAUCCUUUUAAACACAAACUCUUAACUUCACCUCCAACUUGAACUCUAUCAUCUUGGAUUAUUCUACACAAGAGAUCACAACCACAAACAACUGUAACUAAAUCAAAUUUAAUGAAUUGGGUUGAUUAUACUGAAGAUACACGCAUAUCUUUGCAUUCAAUGUAAAGAUGCCACAUAUUGUUGCUCAACUUUCCUCAUGCUUGCCAAUAAUGUGUAUGUAAAAUAGAUGGAAUAGGCUUUGCCAUCAGUUUUCAAUUUUGAUUUGAUCCCAGGCUUUAAGUCGCCCACCUUAUUAGGGGUCACAGCUAUUAACAUAUACCUUGACUGACUUGAGUAAAAAGACACCACCCAAGCACAUUCCCUCCCGUCUGAGAAAACUAUUAUAAGUGAGAGUUUCUCCUUGUUUUUUUCUUUAUUUUCUCAGAAUGAGUACCUCUUCCCUACCCUAUGUAUUAUGACUUUUACCCAAGUAAUGGUCAAAUAUUUAUCUUUGGUAUAUCCAUCAAGUACUUACAUUUAUUUUGGCUUUUAUGUGCAAAAUGCAUGUUACUGUGAUCUCUCACUAUUUUGAAAGAAAUAAACAUAAAAUUAAUCGAAAA